AUGGAUACGUCUAUUCCAAUCGAGGCAAUACCGCUCGCAAGUUUCAUACCGGAUUUGGUAGAUGACCAGACCAGAAACACAUCAACGAUUCCGACAAUGACGUCACCGCUUCAUAUAACCAUUAUGCCAUUUGACGAUGUCAAUGAUGAAACCCACAAGACAUCUGCAACAUCUCCUCCUAUAAUGGUCUCACCUCUGCGAACCAUCUGGCCAUCCAACAAGGACUGGUAUGAUGGAGAUGCUGGUCCUAGUACUGGUCCAAUCAAACGAGAACCGUUCGAUGAUGAAACGCACAACUUAUCCGCACACCCACCUGAAAUGGUGACUCCACUGAACACCAUUAGGCCAAUUGAUGACUCUAACAACAAUUCUAAUGAUGCGGGUGUUGGUCUUAGCACUGUUCCAGCAAAACGAGGACGUGGCCGACCAAAAGGUUCAAAAAACUCAACGUCGACCGAGCGGAAGAAGACAAAAGUAUAUGAUCCCAACAGCUUAAGGGUUACAACUUUUCUUGGGAAUUUUGAUUCAGAGAUAACCGACGCAGAGAGAGAAAAUGGAAACCAAGAGUUAGCUGAUUCAGUAAUGAUGCGGUUUGAUGCGGUUAGACGCCGAUUAUGCCAACUAAACCCUACGGAAGACAUCCUUGUAACGGCUAAUACGAAUUUCACGAAAUUUGGGGUCAAGACAAAUACGAGAAGGAGAAUAGGUCCAGUUCCUGGAGUACAAGUAGGAGAUAUAUUCUACUUCUGGGGUGAAAUGUGCUUAGUGGGGCUUCACAGACAAAUGGUCGGCGGCAUUGAUUUUCUGACGGCUGCAGAGAGUGUAGUGGAAGGUCAUGCUGCAACGAGUGUGGUCACAGCAGGACAAUACGAUGAUGAAACCGAUGGGCUUGAAUCGUUGAUCUAUUGCGGACAGGGUGGAUCGGACAAGUCCGGUCGUGUUUUUGAUCAAGAGCUGAAAGGGGGAAAUCUUGCACUGAAAGCAAGUGUAAGCAAAGGGAAUGACGUUAGAGUCGUGAGGGGAGUGAUGCAUCCUUUUGACAACAAUCAGAAGGUAUAUAUCUAUGAUGGGAUUUAUCUGGUUACAGAGUCCUGGACAGUGACAGGAAAAUCCGGUUUCAUGGAGUUCAGAUUCAAAUUGGUAAGGAAACCAAACCAACCUUCUGGUUAUGCAAUCUGGAAAUUAGUUGAAAAUUUGAGGGACAAUGACUUGAUUGAUUCAAGGCCAGGUUUUAUCCUUAGAGAUCUUUCUUUUGGAGCUGAGCUUUUACGAGUUCCGCUUGUUAAUGAAGUCGAUGAAGACGACAAAACGAUUCCCGAAGAUUUUGACUACAUCACAUCUCAGUGUCACUCUGGUAUGACGUUUGAUCUUCAAUCACUUGGAUGCCAAAAUUUUCAACAUCAGUCAUGCAUUGAUCAAAACAGCACCUGCAAGCAGAGAAACGGUGGCCUACUACCGUACCAUAACAACAUUUUGGUUUGUCGUAAACCGUUGAUUUACGAGUGCGGUGGUUCUUGUCCAUGCCCUAACAAUUGCCCAACCAGGUUGGUUCAAACCGGCUUGAAACUCCAGUUGGAAGUGUUCAAGACAAGAAACUGUGGUUGGGGUUUACGUUCUUGGGAUCCAAUUCGAGCUGGAACUUUUAUCUGCGAGUUUGCCGGUGUGAGAAAGACGACGAAAGAAGAAGUAGAAGAGGAUGAUGAUUACUUGUUCGACACGUCUAAGAUUUAUCCCAGGUUUAAAUGGAACUACGAACCUGAGCUUUUGCUUGGAGAUUGUUGGGAGCAAGUCUCAGAAUUUAUCAAUCUUCCAACACAAGUCUUGAUAAGCGCCAAGGAAAACGGAAAUGUUGGUCGGUUCAUGAACCACAGCUGUUCACCGAAUGUUUUCUGGCAGCCUAUAGAGUAUGAAAACAACGGUGAUAUAUAUAUUCUUAUUGGACUUUUUGCUAUGAAGCAUAUUCCUCCAAUGACAGAGUUAACAUAUGACUAUGGAGUUUCUCGUGUGGAGAGGACCGAAGAAGAUGAAAAGGUUUAUAUGGGCAAGAAGAUUUGUCUCUGUGGUUCAGUCAAAUGUCGUGGCACUUUUACCUGAUUUGGACUUUAUAUCAUUUGAAUGUAUUGUUUUUUUAGUUUCUUUGUUUCUUUUGCAUUUGUUGUUGUUA